AUGCUUCUCUUAGAUUUCUCUCUACUUCUCUUUCAUUCGUUAGUUAAUCGGCGCCGCCGUGUUUUGCUGCUUCUUUUGGACUUUUCUCUGUUCAUUGACUUUCCAACGACAGAACCGAAUUGGGAGUGUGUGGAUCUCCCGCUGCAUGCAAUCGGCUUUGAGAUCGAUGAGUUAACGCCACACAAAGUCACCGGUCAUCUUAAGGUCACCGAGAAGUCUUGUCAGCCGUUUAAGGUGUUACACGGCGGAGUAUCGGCGUUAAUAGCAGAGUCGCUGGCGAGUAAGGGAGCAGUCCUAGCGUCGGGAUGGAAAAGAGUCGCCGGAAUACAGCUCAGCAUCAACCAUCUCAAACGUGCUGACAUCGGUGAUCUUGUUUUUGCUGAGGCCACACCUCUCCACGUUGGAAAAACCAUUCAGGUAUGGGAGGUGAGGCUAUGGAAGAUUGAUCUUCAUAACCCAGAAAGUAGAUUGCUUAUAUCGACAUCAAUGGUUACUCUUGUCACAAACUCACCUAUUCCAGAUAAUCUUAAAGAUGGUGUUGAAAAUUUUAAGAAGUAUGCUAAGUUAUAACUUAGAAGUUAUAAUCUCCUCUUUCACUUCCUUCAUACAAUAACUUACAUACUAAAAAUAUAUGUAGACACGUGAUAGUGUAAGUGUUAGUGAUACAAGAAUGUUUGUUCCACAG